GUGUGUGUGUGUGUGCACUUGCGCUUUGGGACUGUACACCUACAGUGUAAAGAGAAUGUAUGAUGAGCGCACUAAUUAGUCUUUCCCUGGUGUCUCCAACUUCACCCUAUUUCAAAUGAACACUUUAUUUCAGCAGCACGACUAACCUGUGUGUGUGUGUGUGUGUGUGUGUGUGUGUUUCUGUCGCCCACAGGUGUGUGUCCAGAAGCACGUGACGUCCUGAACCCUCCCAACAUGGCAGCAUUUGUCCUUCCUUCUCUUCCUCUCUCAUCCCUCUCUCCCCACCUCUCCUCCUUCCUCCUCCUCCUCCUCUUCUUCUUCCUGGGCCUCGCGCCCCACCCCUCCCUGGCCGGCUCCUCCGCGCCGGACGUUCCGGCCGGUAACUGCUCGAGCGACGACGCGUGUGCGGACGGCGUGGUCCUGCCCGUGUGGAACCCGCAGAACCCGGCGGUGGGCGACAAAGUGGCGCGUGCCAUCGUCUACUUCGUGGCGCUCAUCUACAUGUUCAUGGGCAUGUCCAUCAUCGCCGACCGCUUCAUGUCGUCCAUCGAGGUCAUCACCUCGCAGGAGAAGGAGAUCACCAUCAAGAGGCCCAACGGCGAGACCACCACGGCCACCGUGCGCAUCUGGAAUGAGACGGUGUCCAACCUGACGCUCAUGGCCCUGGGCUCGUCCGCGCCCGAGAUCCUGCUGUCCGUCAUCGAGGUUAUCCACCAUGUCUUUUAUAUCUAUUUAACCUCGGCCUUCAACAUGUUCGUGAUCAUCGGAACCAUCGGCGCGGCCUUCAACAUCGCGCAGCCGGACGGCGCAGGUGCUAAGAUCAAGCACCUGCGCGUCUUCUUCGUCACGGCCGCCUGGAGCAUCUUCGCCUACAUCUGGCUCUACCUGAUCCUGGCGGUCAUCUCGCCCGGCGUGGUGGACGUGUGGGAGGCUGUGCUGACCUUCCUCUUCUUCCCCGUCUGCGUGCUGCAGGCCUGGGUGGCCGACCGCCGCCUGCUCAUCUACAAGUACGUGCACAAGCGCUACCGCGCCGACAAGAGCCGCGGCAUCAUCAUCGAGACCGAGGGCGCCGACAGCGUCUUCGCCAAGAUGGACGUGGAGAUGGACGGCCAGGCCAACUCGCACCACAAGGAGGCGCUAGACGGCAUGCUGGCCGGUGUGGAGGAGGGAGGAGGAGGAGGAGGAGGAGGAGGAGGAGGCAGCCGUGAGGAAGAGGAGGCGCGCAGGGAGAUGGCACGCACGCUGAAGGACCUCAAGCAGCGCCACCCUGAUAAGGACAUGGAGCAGCUGAUCGAGAUGGCCAACUACCAGGUGCUGGUGCAGCAGCAGAAGAGCCGGGCGUUCUACCGCAUCCAGGCCACGCGCAUGAUGACUGGCGCCGGGAACAUCCUGAAGAAGCACGCGGCCGACCAGGCCCGCAAGGUGGUCAGCUGCCACGAGGCCAACGCCCAGGAGGAGGACCCCCACACCGUCUACCUGCAGUUCGAGCCCUUCCACUACCAGUGCUUCGAGAACUGCGGCUCGCUCAAACUGACCGUCGGACGCCACGGGGGGGACCCGGGCUGCACCGUCAAGGUGGACUACCGUACUGAGGACGGCACGGCCAACGCGGGCUCGGACUACGAGUUUGCAGAGGGCACCCUGGUGUUCAAGCCCGGCGAGACGCUGAAGGAGUUCACCGUGGGCGUGAUCGACGACGACAUCUUCGAGGAGGACGAACACUUCUACGUGCACCUGAGCAACCCGCGCGUGGUCCACCGCGCCGAGGUGUCUGUGCUGGACCCGGCUGCCGUCGCCACCGGCAACAGCAUGCUGGGCCUCACCGCCCUCAACUCGUCCCCGGUGCCGCCCAAGGCCGCGCUCGGCAACGCCCACACCGCCACGGUGACCAUCUACGACGACGACCACGCGGGCAUCUUCACGUUCGAGAGCGCGUCCACGCGGGUCAGCGAGAGCGUGGGCACCAUGCAGGUGAAGGUGCACCGCACGUCAGGCGCCCGUGGCAAGGUGGCAGUGCCGUACCACACCCAGGAGGGCAGUGCCCGCGCCGGGGAGGACUACGAGGAGGGCGCGGGCAAGCUGGAGUUCCUCAACGACGAGACCAUGAAGAUUCUGGAGGUGAAGGUGAUCGAUGAUGAGGAGUAUGAGAAGAAUAAAACCUUCACCAUUCACCUGGGGGAACCAGUACUACUGGAGAUCGGACAGAAGCACGGUGACUCCAAUGAUAACAAGCCUGCGGUUGGGGCAGAUGAGGAAGAGGUGGCUAAGAUGGGCUGUCCCAGUCUGGGGGAACACACCAAACUGGAGGUGGUGGAUCGAGAGUCCACACCAAGGGAGAUGGGGCAGGAGUGCCUGCCGUCAUGCUUCGACUACAUCAUGCACUUCCUCACAGUGUUCUGGAAGGUUCUGUUCGCCUUUGUGCCGCCCACCGAGUACUGGGACGGCUGGGCCUGCUUCUUCGUGUCCAUCUCCCUCAUCGGGCUGCUCACCGCCAUCACCGGAGACCUGGCCUCCCACUUCGGCUGCACCAUCGGCCUCAAGGACUCCGUCACUGCCGUGGUGUUCGUGGCCCUUGGGACGUCCGUACCAGACACCUUUGCCAGUAAGGUGGCGGCCAUCAGGACCAAUGCGCCCGGCGUCCACGCCCAUCGUGGCACGGGCCGCGGAACGCCCGUGAACGUGUUCCUGGGCAUCGGCGUGGCGUGGACCAUCGCCGCCGUCUACUGGCAGAGCCAGAACAAGCCGUUCCGCGUGCCGGCCGGGUCGCUGGCCUUCUCGGUGACGCUGUUCACCGUCCAGGCGCUGGCGUGCGUGUGCGUGCUGCUGUACCGGCGGCGGCCAGGUGUGUCCGGCGGAGAGCUGGGAGGGCCGCGCGGACCCAAGCUCCUCACCACGCUCCUCUUCGUCUCUCUCUGGCUCGUCUACAUCAUGCUGGCCUCCCUCGACGCCUACUGCUACAUGCCCAGCUUCUAGAGAGGGAGGGAGGGAGGGAGGAGGAGAGAGGGAGGAAGGGAGAGAGAGAGGGAGGGAGAGAAUGGGGAGAUGGGAGGAUUGAGAAAGAGGAGAAGAGCGGAGGACCAAGAUGGAUAGAGGGGGUCGCUACCCGAUCCGAGUUGCUCGCGCAUGUGCAGCUGAUCAUCCUGUUUUACGACGAUUUACCACACACACACACACACACAAACACACACACACACACACACACACACACACACACACACACACACACACACACACACACACACACACACACACACACACACACACUCUGAUCUGUGCCAUGCUUGCACCUGUGCCACUUUAUUUGCUUAGCCGCGCCGCUUAGCAAGAUGCUUAAGACAAAGAUAUCGUGGUGUAUGAUAACAGAAAAAGGAAAUGAUUGGAUGGCA